AUGUCGGCCUCCGCCGCCGCCUCGGCGAUCCUCUCCCUCCACUGGUUGCUACUGUUCGCCGCCACCGUCGAGGACGACGUGCUCUGCCUCGAGGGCGUGAAGAGCUCGCUCACCGACCCGCAGGGCUCCCUCAGCUUGUGGACCUUCACCAACACCUCCGCCUCCCACAUCUGCAACCUCCAGGGCGUCUCCUGCUGGAACCUGAACAAGAACCGCAUCAUCAGCCUCCAGCUCACCGGGUUGGAGCUCUCCGGCGGCUUGCCCGAGUCGCUCAAGAACUGUCACAGCCUCCAGACGCUGGAUCUCUCCCAAAACAAGCUCAAUGGCCCCAUCCCAACGCAAAUCUGCCAGUGGUUGCCUUACCUCGUCAGGCUCGAUCUCUCCUCGAACUCGCUCUCCGGCUCCAUCCCCAGCCAGAUCGCCGACUGUAAGUUCUUGAACUACUUGAUUUUGAGCGAUAACAAGCUGUCCGGCUCCAUUCCUUACGAGGUGGGUCGCUUGGACCGGUUGAAGCAGUUCUCUGUCAAGGACAAUCAUCUCUCUGGAUCUAUACCGUCGGAGCUGUCGAGGUUCGGUUCCGAAGAUUUCUCUGGCAACGAUGGUCUGUGUGGUAAGCCUCUUGGGUCGUGCGGGGGGUUGAGUAAGAAGAGCCUUGCUAUAAUUAUCGCUGUGGGUGUUGUUGGAGCUGCAGGAAAUUUGUUGCUAGGGUUUGGGUUCUGGUGGUGGUACUUUGGUGGAGCUAGUCGGAAGAAGAGAGUCAGUGGCAGUAAUCACUAA